CAGUGACCAGAUCCACAGGACUUCUUAAAGCUAAUACAGACUGCAAAUCUGAUAAAUACCAAAGCCUUUUUACCACUUUCAUUAUAUCUCAGUAAAGAUUACAUCAGUUAAGCAAACCAGCGUGUCUUUCCUUGAGAUUCGGUAUAAACUUGAUGUGAAGCUGUGUCCACGAGACAGCGGAGACAUUAUAGUAAAAAGGCUUUUAAAACGUUAUCAGAAGCAGUUAAUCAGCUUUGAAUCGUCCGCAGCAGUAAAAAAGACUCAUAAAUCCUGUGGCUGCAGUCUGUGUCGGAGUAAGGGCGCGAAGCACUAGAAAGUGAAACUAAUUCUCUCACGUGCUAUAACACCGCGGUGCUGUGUCCAGUCAUCAUUAUCUACGCUGCCAGCUAAAUCAAGAUGCAGAACCCAGAGAACAGCACUCUAACAGUUAACCCUCAAUGCUCCUAUAAAGAGGUAGACACCUUGCCAAGAAGUAGAUCUAGGUGCACAACAUUGUCUAGAGCGUCCAGUCAAACAAAUCUAACUUCGGUUAGCGCCGAUGCAUCAAGAUUUAAACGCCAUAGUUCUAGACACUCAAGCACCACCAGCCUGUCAUCCGCUAGCGCCAUAGCAACUAAGGCAAGAGCGAAAGCAGAGGCAGCUUGUGCAAUGGCGUCCUAUGCAAAGCAGGAAGCUGAAUUGAUGAAAGAACAAGCUGAAGCACUUAGAAGAAAAGCUGAAGUGCAAGCAUCUUUACACUUACUGCAUCAGCAGAAAAACGCUGCAGCAGCCUUAGCUGAGGCAGAAGUUCUCACAAGGGCUGCUGAAGCUCAGUUCGCUGACAUAGAAACCCAGAUGCCACCCCUCAGCGCAAGCCAACGUACCCGUGAGUACAUUCAGUCACAAGCAAUCAUGUACACUGACCAGCAGUUCAAUUAUGCACCAAGACCAUCAUUGACUCCACCAGCAAUAAGCAACUUUGAUACUAUGCAACACUGCAAGACUGAAUCAGAACCUCAGGGUAGGAAGUCAAGUGGUCGCAUGCUCAGAGACCAAUCUGCCAACCUGACAAGAGUGCAAACGGAUGCUGAUUUACUCCCUCCUCAAGCAAAUACAAGUCUGGAUUAUAGCAGAAAGACUUACAAUAGAGGAGAACAAAGCAGACUUAGUCAAGUACCUCAUCAGCCUUACCAGCCGCAGUCAUACCCUGAGUUUACACCCAGGAAGUAUUCACCAGAUGCAGCAAGAGCUACAGAGGUAGCAAGAUUCCUGAUGCGCCGUGAGAUAGUGAGCGCUGGUCUCAUGAAAUUCGACGACCGUCCAGAAAACUACUGGGCCUGGAAGUCAUCUUUCCUAAGCGCCAGAUCCUCCUGCAGAGCUAUCAAUACUGAUCAGCGUAGCAACGGCCACCGUGAACAAACCAAGGUCACGAUCAUCAGAUGCAUCCAGCAGGAAGUCUUUAAAGAAGAAAUCCAAGGCCUUCUGAAAAAGGAAGAGAUUUCUCAACACAAUUCGCUCAAGGACUUGUACACCAGGCAAUGGAAACAAGUUCAAAGUCUUGCGGACAUUUUCUGGAAGAGGUGGAGACAGGAAUACCUGGUGAUCUUCCAGCCAUGCAAGAAAUGGCAAGAUGACAAACCCAAUUUACAAGUUGGAGACGUUGUCUUACUGAAAGACUCUCAGGCCCACAGGAACGAGUGGCCUAUUGGACUCAUUGUAGGGACUGAUCCUAGUAGUGAUGCUAGAGUUAGAAAGGUUGAAGUUAGGAUUGUUAGACAGGGCAUUCCCAAAGUGUAUGCAAGACCAAUUUCUGAAGUAGUUUUACUCCUGUCCAAGGGUUAG